AUGUGGGCAGUCGUAGAGGGCAUCGAUGAUAGUGCGCCUUCUGUCCACGACUUGGAACAACGGCUACGUCGACGUGUGAUCGGACAGUACAUCAAGGAGAUUCUCAUAGUCCUUGUGGACAAUUUACCGUAUGGCGACACGUCAGGCCUGUGUGUGGAACGGGCAAAUAUCCGAACAUACAAGUUCGAGCAUAUCAACUCGCUGUACCGCGUAGACGGUGCAGAAGCAAUUGUCAAAGACUUCUUGAAGAUUCGUGAGGACUUACGAGCCUUCAAAGAAGCUCUCACGUUGAAAGAAGCCGAAAAUGCUGGACAUCCUCAUUCUGCAUCGCCGCACCACGCGCCUAAAAUUGCUCAUCCAGGGACUGAGGAGUCACUGUCACUUGCAGUCCUCUUCGAGGAGAUAUUCAUGCUCGACAGCAUUCACUUAGAAGAAAAGAGACGCUUCGCCCUACGCCUUCAGAUUCUCAGCAGCACUGCUCAGGAAUUCAGAGCGCGGUACUCUACAGGUCCAGCCUCCCUGAUGGAAUCCAUUUUUACCUCACUAGUUCCAGCUUGCUGUAGCGCCAUCGCGGACGCUCGGGACCGGGCUGGCCAGCCCACCAUGAUGCCACAGUGGCUUCCACCGGGACACAAGCUACGGGACGAAUCCGUUGUCCUUGCGACACAUAGUCCUGAACGCCUAGGCUCCCAGCAAAUGGUGCCGUCGUCGAAGCCGACUGAUAACAUUACAACAUAUCGUUUGACAUCACAGCAGCCGCAUUUGUCUUACAAAGAAGGGCUGCACGCCUCGCGAUGCGGGCGUUCGCAGACAAUCAGUAUCCCGGACUGGCAGGAAGUAGCAGCAGAAGUCCUUGCAAAAACAUUCCGCCAACAUCUGGAAGACUGGGAACUGGACGCGGUCUUGAGCCACGCCAAUCAUGUGUUGCUGCACAAUUUCACGGAGAUGCUCGACAACACAGGCCCCGUACUGGACCAUGCAACACCCAACACGGUAGAACCAAAGCUGGAAAAAAUGGAGGCUUCCACAAUGAAACUCCUUGUCGAUCUCUGCUUGAAAGCUGACCUCGAUCAUGCAACACCAGGUGAGCAAUACCGCAGACCACUGCGCAUGUAG